GAGAGACGGAGCACAGAGCGAAGCACAGCAGCCAGGCUGCGCGGCUUUCUCAACUUUCUCAGAAAGGAAGAGGAGGCGAUGGAAUAAACUUGUCGGGCAGUUGUGACCCAGCUGACGAUGCUGCUGUGAUCGGGAGCAGCCGGGCAUCCGAAGCGAGGGACGGAAAGCCCGAGGCAGACGGAGAUGAUGUCGCUGCUAUGGAUAGGAGGGAGCGGUGUUACAAAUUAGCGGAGAACCAGCAGCCAGAGCAGUUUGACGUUACAGCUGGAGGAACUGAGGUUGCUCCUGCUGCCGGACUCCCAGGAUGAAAGAGCGGCUGGAAUUGGUGCCUGGGCUUCUGUCCCCCUGACCUUCUGCUCCUUCCCCUCUGGGCCUGGUGCUAAUGGGGACUUCUGAGCUGUGGACCCUCAUGCUCCUGUGAAGCCAGCCCUGCCUUCUGGACCUGUCAUCAAAAUGACCAUGGCCACGAUGGGCAGCCAUGAUGGCUACAACAUCCAAGCUACGGCCGCCAUUGCUGCCGUCACCACCUUCCUCAUCCUCUUCACCAUCUUCGGCAACGUUCUGGUGAUCAUCGCCGUGCUGACCAGCAGGUCUCUGAAAGCCCCUCAGAACCUCUUCCUGGUGUCCCUCGCGGCCGCAGACAUCCUGGUGGCCACCCUCAUCAUCCCCUUCUCCCUGGCCAAUGAGCUGAUGGGCUACUGGUACUUCAGCAGGACCUGGUGCAAGGCCUACCUGGCGCUGGAUGUCCUGUUCUGCACUGCCUCCAUUGUACACCUCUGCGCCAUCAGUCUGGACCGCUACUGGUCCGUCAGCCGGGCCAUCGAGUACAAUUCCAAGCGGACGCCCAGGAGAAUCAAAUGCACCAUCCUUGUCGUGUGGCUGAUUGCAGCGGUCAUCUCCCUGCCCCCGCUUGUCCUCAACGAGAACCCGAACAACGCCAAAGAGGACGCCAGGAAGUGUGAGCUCAACGAAGAGCCCUGGUACAUCCUUUCCUCCAGCACCUGCUCCUUCUUUGCGCCUUGUGUCAUCAUGAUCUUGGUGUAUCUCAGGAUCUACUUUAUAGCCAAGCGCCGAAGCAGGCAGGCGACUAGAGCUAAGAAGCCCAAAGCCAAGGUGGAAGAAGGGGCGCCCCAGAUCAUUGCUGGCCCAUCCAAUGAGACCUCGCCCAAGCAGGACCUACCCAAGCUCCAAGGAGAAAGGGAGCCCAACGGGCAUCAGGUACCUGUCCAGGAAGGGGACCAACCUGAGACCCAUCAUCUUUCGACCGAAAACUUUUCUCUCAUGAGCCAGGCGGACAAGGAGCCGGAGCUCACCCCUGGCGCCAGCCCUCCCCAGCCCCCGCCUGAGAAGAAGACGUCUUCAGGGUCUAGCCAGCUGGAAGGCUCUCCCUGCAGCAGCAUCAAGCGGAGCAACGGCCCUCCGCAGGGCUCCCCUCAGGGGAUGGACACCAUGGCCACAGCCCGAGGGGAGGUCCUGCUGGUGAGGCGGGUGAAGACCCUCAGCGCCAACCCUUUGAAGAAGAAGACCCACCUCAACCGGGAGAAGAGAUUCACUUUCGUUCUGGCCGUAGUGAUUGGGGUCUUCGUUAUUUGCUGGUUCCCUUUCUUCUUCCUCUACAGCCUCCAGGCCAUCUGCCCGCCAGAGCACUGCCCAAUCCCAGAAAGCACCUUCAAGUUUUUCUUCUGGAUUGGCUACUGCAAUAGCUCCUUGAACCCGGUCAUAUACACGAUCUUCAACCAGGACUUUCGCAAGGCUUUUAGGAAGAUCCUCUGCAGGCAGUGGACUCAGACUGCCUGGUGAGAGGGAGACAUUCGGGGGCACACCGGCUCCAGCGGGAAGGGACCUCAGCGUGCUCGUUAAACAAAACAAAAUUCUAUUUAUUUCUUGGCUUUGGUGUUGGCAUAAAAAGGAGUGAGGUGAGUCCUGGGAAGAAAGGAACCAGCUGUUCAGAAUGUUGAUUUGGCUUCAGCUAUAUGUAUGUGUGUUAUCUAUAGAUAUAGAUAUAUACACCCAUAUA